CAUACUAUAAAUAUUUCAAAACACAUUUAAACCCAAUAAUUAAAAAAAAACACAAUUUUGGGUAAAAAUCUUAAUUUUCUUAAUAAACUCUGUAAACAGAAUUUCUGAAAACUUCUCCAAACAGGGAAUACCAGCAGUUAUGAAUCCAUCAACACAUAAAAAUGGUGGCCAAAACCCUAAUGUGGUGCAGCAGAAGGAGAAGAUGAAGCAGGAGAAGGAGAAGAUGAAGCAGAAGGAGGAGGAGCAGAUGUCAAUGAAGAAGUUGAGAGAAGCAGUCUUCAAUUUGGCUAACGGUGAACCAAAUGCUCGAUUAUCAGAGACGCAAAGAGUAGCUCUUCAACAACGCAUUUCGCAGAUUUUCUCGGGUCUUACUACUCCUGAUCAUCCUCCGUAUGCUUGGAUGAUUGAAAAGGCCUUGAAAGAAUUGAAGGAAAAAGGGGGUUCCAGUGAAGAGUCAAUAUCUGAGUUUAUCAUCAAAGAACAUGCCAGUUUGCCAUAUGCUCAUACGACCAUGUUGAAACAUCAUCUACAGAGUAUGACUGAAAAGGGAGAAAUCCGUAUGAUUGGAGGACGGUUUUUGCUUCCUGGUGACUGUGAAAGCGUGGUUCCAAAGAAAAAAAGAAAGAGGAAGAAAAGGAGGAAUUUGGUUAUUAAAAAAAGGCAGUCGGGGCGGAAGGAAAAGGAGGAGGAAAAGCAGGUGCAGCAUGAUGAUGUGGAAGUUGUUGGAGAACAGAAGAAUUUGGAUGAACAACAAAAUGACGUCUCUGUUGAUGAAAAUCGUGGGCAACAAAAUGAACGUCAUAAUGCACCGAGCACAGGUAAAGAAGAUGGGCAAUUAAAUGACCAGCAAAAUUCUGUAACUGGAAAUGAAGUUGUUUGUGGAAGAGUUUUAAGGAGUACAGUACAUAAACAGAAAGGAAAAGUACAACUUGAUGCUACUGGAGGAUCACUGCAAUCCUCCAUUGCUGCUGAGACUGCUAUAGGUUGUAAUUCGGAGUUGCAGCUAUCGCAGCUUAGUCUCAGCACAGUUGAGGAAACAGCUGACAUUAGUAACUUUUAUCCACAAGAAAUUCUGGAAAAUGAACAACCUGGAGAUGACCUGCCUCUACUUUUAAGUCCUGAAGCACCUCCAGGUUUUGAGCUUGUGGUGGUGGAGGAUGUCACAGAAAAUAAAGCACAUACCCCUGUGUCAGUAGAUUUGGACUUACCGAAAGAACAUAUCUCUUCGUCAAUAGGUUUGGAUUUACCAAAAGAAAACCAUGUUAUGCCUCUGAGUUCUGACAAACCUAGUGAAGAGGAGGCUGUUGCUGAGGACCUGUUGAAGACUAAGAAGCAGAAAAAGAAGCACCAUGGCUGGCAGCAAACGAAUAGGCCAAUGACUAGGGCGCUAGCGAAAGGAACGGUAACGCCAAAUGAACAACCUCGGUCAGGUAGAAAUAGAAAACAAUUACAGUUAGCUAUGGAGAGCUCAUCAGAUCGUGCACAAAGACAACUGAAGCGCUGGAGUAAAAGUCCGUCUGAACCUAAAUCAGUAACUACCUCUAAACUGAAACAAUUGGCAUUGUGUGACUCAGCGGAUCAACAGUUAGUAAUUAUGGAAGAGCCUUUAAGCAUCUCUAAACCAUUAUGUGUCACAGCUGAUCAACAUGUAGUACAGAUGGAAGAGCCAUUGGCAUUGGCAAUAAGUGAGGAGGCAUUGAAUUUGACCGAUCCUCAACAUGAGGUGCAAUUGAAGCAGCCAAAAGCUAAGCGUUGUGGGAGGUCUCUCAAGGGCAAGGAGGAUGGGGCUGAUCCAGAUACUACACUUUUGAAGGAUUUAGGAUCAUCCAAGAAGCUAACAAAGAAACAAACUCAUAGAGGUGUAGGAAGGCGUAGGAACACAAAGUAAAGUGAGCAUUGCAGUUCCUUCAUUCUCUCUCUUAUGACGACAAAAGGUCUAUAGUUAAGUUAGUGUGUAUAUGAAGAAAUUAUUGGUGGAAACGCGAAUCCAGAUUUAGUCGGGUUAGUGAGUAGCAGCCAAAGUGUAUAUGAAGCUCUCUCUUAGAUAUGUUUCAUUUCUCAAAUCAUACUUCUGAAUUCAGUUGGAAUAUCAGUUAGCAUAUUUUGGUUAUAUCAGAAUCUGGACCUAUUCUUCAUAUGUAAAAGGUCAGUUUUAUUUCUCUCAGUUAUUGUUUUGUUUGAACUUGGAUUUCUUAUAAUAUGGUCUUCUUUAGA